AUGGCGCCUUACGCUCUUUUUCGUCAACUGUGGCCUGCCGCGCUCUGUCUUGUUGAGGUUGCCAGUGCCGCCGAUGGCUAUGUUCACCUACCCUUCUCGCGCCCCGAGCUGAAGGAUCUGGACUUGGGAAAGAACGGUUCGAGGACACUAUCCGACUUUGUCGUCCCCUACCUUGUCCAAGCCCAGGUCGGCACUCCUCCUCAGAACUUCUCGCUCCUCAUUUCGCCAACCUCGACCGACACCUGGGUGGUUGACGCUACCACCUCGCGUUGCGACUAUCAGUACUCUUCGUACUAUUGGGAUGAGGAUGAGGUUGAAACCGCCCGGGCUCUUGAUGUUCAGAAAUGUGUCUGGGGAAGCUUCAACAAGUCUCAGUCAUCGACUUACCGAACCGCGAACCCGCGACACACCGAUUUUGCCACAUACACCUUUUCUGGUUAUGCUCAGGGUAGCAACUUCACCGACAAGCUCGUCGUCGGCGACCUCACCGUCGAUAACUACCCGAUGGGCCUAGUUGACCAAACCAACUUGUGGAUGGGGGUGCUGGGUCUUGGGUACAACUACUCCACCAUUUACGGUGAAUCCUCCCUCUACGGCGCCAACCUCCCGGGCUACUACCCCACCAUUCUCGACCGCAUGGUCUCCUCCGGCCAGAUUUCCACCCCGGCCUACAGCAUCUGGCUCGAUGAUGAAGACGGCACCUCCGGCGGUCUUCUCUUGGGCGCCGUCGACAAGUCUCGCUACAAAGGCGAUCUCCUCCGCCUUGACGCCAACAACCCGCGCGCCCUAACCGGCAAGUUCUCGGUAACCGUCCACUCCAUCAACGCCACGGGGCUCGGUACCGGCGGCGAUGGCUCCCAGCAGCCCCUAAUAUCCAACGCCCUCCCCCUAGACGUCACCAUCGGCAUGGGCGAGCUCAUCUCCUUCCUCCCUAAUGACCUGGUCAGCAACAUCGCCUCUCUUACCGGAGCCACACACGACACUACCGCCGGCAUUUACACCAUCCCCUGCGCUGCCGGCACCUUCGACAACGCGACACUCUUCGCCUUCACGCUCGGCGGCGAAGGGGGCCCACUUCUACAAGCGGCAACUGCCGAUUUGAUCAUUCACCCGGGCGUCUUCACGGGCCAGGUCUCCAGCUUCGACUCGACAAACUCUGGUUCAUCCUCUUCAUCCAUCAGUCUCGACCUCCCCGAAGGCACCUGCGUCUUUGGCAUCCAAACCUGGAACGACGCCAGCACGCUCAACGGCGUCAGCUAUGGUAGUAGCAGUGCCAGCAGUAGCAAUCCCUACUACAACCUAGGAAACUCCCUCCUCCGCCGCACUUACUUGGUCUUUGAUCUCGCCCGGCAGGAAAUCGCCUUUGCCCCCGCCGUCUUCCAGUCCACUUCCUUAUUAUCCGCCAGAGCCUCGACCUUCGACGACACCGACAACAUCAUCACCUUCACCCAAUACGGCUCUCCCACUCCGGAAUCUCAAUACUUCUGCUCCGACUAUGAAUACUACUGCCCCGAGGACGCCGUCAACUCGAACUCUGGAGGACGGUCUACCCACGGGGGCGCGUCGUCGUCGGACGACGGUGAUUAUUACGAUGGAAGGAGGUAUUGGAGGAUUGUCUGCAUUGUGCUGGGAGUCGUCUUUGGGACUCUGAUUCUGGUCGGGCUUGUGUUUGCUGGGCUCUUGUUUAAGAGGGUGUUGGAUAAGGAUCCGAGGACGAUGGGGUUGCCGGAGGAGAAGAAGAAGCUAAUGGAUGGGGGAGAAGGGGGUGAUGAUGAGCUGCAGCCGUUGGAAGGUGGUGGGCAGGGGAUGAUGAGUCCUGCUGCUGCUGCUGGUGGUGCUAGCUCGGGUGGGGCGGGGGUUUUGCCUAUGAUUCACGAGGGAAGAGAGGAUGACGCUGGUUCCGAUUUGCCGACGAGGGAGCAUGAAGCAUCAGGUUCGGCUCAGACUCAGCCCCAGGUUUCUCCGGUAAAUGUGAAUCGCGAACAGAGGUUGUCGGCGCCGGAGUCUCUAAUGGAUGCGCCGAGGUCUCCGAGCCCGCUUUCGGAGGAUGGUAUGGGCGGCGCGAGAGCGGAAGCUGCUUCGCCGGUGUCGGAGAGAGUCAAUACUCCCCCGAAUGAAGCCAAGGGGAAGGGGAAGGCGGUUGCUGAAGUUAUUGGACAGGCAAGGUGAACUGGUAUUCUGAUGGACUAUGUGAAUAUGGUAUAAGGAGUGUAUGAAUGAAGGUAAUGGUUGUUAUUGGAUAAUCAAAAGAAAAGUAAUCGAGAUACCCUGAAUGUUU